AUUUCAAGUAUUGAUUGAUUUUCUCCUUUUCGUUUUGAAUGUUUAUAGCUACAAUAAAGGCGAAGAAGGCUGAGACAGAUAUACAGUUGCAGAUCAAACAAGCUGAAGCAGAAAUGCAAUUGCAGAUAAAACGAGCUGAAGCAGAUGUAGAGUCUAAGUGCCUGUCAGGGGUUGGCGUUGCUAAGCAGCGCAAGGCAAUUAUUGAUGGACUGAGGGACAGUGUGCAUGCCUUCACCGAACAUGUUCCUGGAACAACAGGCAAGGAUGUGAUGGAUAUGGAGCUCGUGACUCAAUAUUUAGACACCAUUAAGGAGAUUGGUACAUCCUCAAAGGCUUCACAUGUCUUCCUCCUGCAUGGUCCUGACGCGGUGAAGGACAUGUCAGUAAAGCUUCGCGAUGACCUUCUUCAAGGCAAAGUUACUGUAAAGGAAACGUUGCUAAACAAGUAGAGGGAAGAAGGCUCUCAAUUCAUUGAUUUGAGAAAUCAGAAAUGGUUGGCAGUUGGCAGCAGUAGGAUUUUAUCUUCUGUUUUACUGAAUAAUUUGAGACCGUUUAUGACAUUGCUUGAUUUCUAUUAUAGGAUUUGGAAUAUCAUAUUAGAAUGCUGCUGCUUGUUGAUAAACAACUCAAUUAAGGAAUUAUUGUUGU